AAGUUCAAAACAGUCAAAAGCUCUGAACCGGCAGGGAGAGUGCAAAAUAUUGUAAUUAUUUCCGAUCUUGGAAUGAUAUUUUAAAUGGAUCAGCUCAUUCCAGUUAUUAACAAACUACAAGAUGUGUUUAAUACUGUGGGGACAGAAGCCAUCCAACUGCCGCAAAUUGUAGUUGUCGGCGCCCAGGUGUGUGGAAAUUUCUCUCCAUAAUUUGUACAUGUAAGAAAGCUUUAUGUUGAUCCUUUGCUUGAAGAUUAAACGGCAGAGAUUGUUUGAUUUGUACUCAGUCCAGAUGCAGUUAGAUUGCUAAUUCACCUUUCUUGUGAAUAACGGUUUGAGACAGUUGGUCGAUGGUGCUGUUUUCCGUGUCAGUUGCGAAAUAGCUGACUUUAGGCUGGAAAACCGAAAGAUCGAGAAAAAUGCAGUGAUAUUUCAGGAUUGAAAUUAAAUUUAAGAUCUCCCAACGAAACCCUGUGAGAAAGAAACAGACAGUCCCUGAAAAUGAUUUGUUUUUGCACUGAUUUUGUUCAGAAUCCUUUGUAAGCUUAACUUUUAAAUUAAACGAUCAUGAAGUUUUGAAUUUUUUUGUUGUGCCGGUUUUCCUGCAUGAAGCGAUAUAAAACAUGUAUAUUUGUCCAGUCUUGCCUUCCACUUGCUAAUACUUAUGUUGAUUGCCUUAUUUUGAUACACAACGAGUAACUGAUUUUUAUGAGCAUUCUUUAACAUUAUAGUUAUUUUGUCUUAUCUAAAAUUGAAUACAACAGUAUACAUGCUUUUGUACGUAUUCUUUUGUGUAAUUAGACAGAUAUACAACUAACAAGUGACAUGACGACAUUAAAUCAAAGUAUCUGAAAGAGCCAAUGAGGUCAAAAGUUUCAUUGUUUUGUUUUUUGGCAACAAAGCAAUAAAAAUCAUUCAGCUGUAGGCGACUUAUGUUUACCCUUUUGUUAAAAGAGAAUUCAUAUUGUAUGGUAAUCAUCAACCUUUGUUUUUUACAGAGUAGUGGCAAAAGUUCAGUUCUUGAGAACCUUGUGGGAAGAGACUUCUUACCGAGAGGUACCUGUAACUCAAAUUGUUUGUUUUCUUGUUCCUGUUCAGUUUGAAGUUUUGCUUUCGCUAUGUUUUUACAUUGGCUUAGUUAUCUACAGUAGAAGGAGCUGGCUCAUAAAACAUAGUUCAGGUCAAACGGUUAAACUCUAAUUGCCAAUUGAUGAGCUUGGGAACUGGUGCUUUUAAGGUUGGUAGCGGCCUGGUGAUGGUGAGGUUGAUGAGAGUCUCGCUGUUUCCAGUCUUGAGACAAAGUCAAGGAAAACAUCAGUUCACAGUUGUUCAAAUGAUGGAUAGGGUUAUCUACCGGUUAAGUCACUAUCCAGGGGAUAAGUAUUAGAAAAAAAAAUUACACUGUACACUAUCCACUGGAUAAAGAUUUAUCCAGUGAAUAACAUUACCCACCUUUUGAACAACUUGGGCCAUAACUCGGAGGGAAAACAAAACUUACUGGUUUCCCAAGGGACCUGACAUUAAGGGCGCAAUCCAUUCAACCAGAAUUUCAAGAAAUUUUGGUUCAAAACUCAAUGGAUUGGUUCAGUCCAACCGGAAAAGUUUUGAAAAAACUGGUCUACCUUUUGAGGUGGACCAUUUUUCCCAGUCUGACCAGUCGGAAUUUUGGUUGAAUGGAUUGCGCCUUAAGUGUUUUUCCGCAAUCCUAACAUCCAGGUUGUUAUUACGCACUCACCUGUAUGUAGACAGCAUUCGUUGGGACUUCCACUAAGAGUGAAUGGAAUACACAGAACGUAAUUUGAUCACUCACAUUUUGACCUUCUAUCACUCGUAAUCUGAUCAUGUGUGUUUUGACCUUCUAUCACGUGAAACUUGUGCAAAGUACAGCAUUGGAGCAAAAGUGUUUUGACCUUUGAUCGUUAUCGCCCGCACUUUAUAAUGUUCCCAAACUUUCACUUCAGCAAUGACAAAAAUAAAGAACAAAGCAAAACAAUAUUGGUUCUUACAUUGCUUUAUAAGAAAACAACUCAAAUCCUCAAAACUGCUGGAUGAAUUUAUUACAGUGGAAGCUCUUGUAAGCGGGCACCCUUGGGAUGCGAAAAAGGUGUCCAUUUAUAACUGGAGCUGGCCACCAAUGGGAAUGUAAAAAUACAGAUUUUGUGUGAGAGUUGAGAAAAAAACAGGGUUUUGUGAAGGCAGCCAUAAGUAGAGUUGUGUCCGCUUAUGUGAGUGUCCGUGUCCGCUUACAUGAGUGUCUAUAAGCGGACAAACAACAUGUACUUUCCUUGCAUUAUCUGCACCUUUUUCCUCCACUGCCUGCUGCAUCUGUUCUUGGAUAACUUUGAAAAUUGUGGCUCUUUAGUUUAUAUGGCUCCAUGUUUGUGUUGCCGUGUUUAUUCAUGAAAGUGAAAACUGGCAGUGUUUGCCUGCGAUCAGUCGCACCACUUUCCACCAUGCUUUAGUCAAAUUCUGUUGUAACCUGAGAGGAGUACAUGUACAAUUGCUUAAUCAUAUCAUGACCAGGAUACACUUGAAUGUAGUCAAGGCCAUGUUACCAUUAUUAGAAUCAACCAAUAGUAUUCCCUGUCUAGUGAGUGAAAGUCUAGGAAUAAACAUUACUCCUAAACAGUAGUCACUAAGGACUUUGUUUCAGGCUCCCUUUUAAUUGAAAGUCAUGCAUUUGGGGACAACACCCCAGUAGACUGCAUCCAGUUAAGAGUAGGGAAAGGAAUAUAGUACAGUAGGUGCUAGAUACAUGUACUAGCUUGAGGAAACAGACUACAUUUUGCGAUGGCACCACUAGUUUCCUGCGAAAUGAUGUCUGACUAGUGCAGAAAUUCCAUACUGAUGUUGCGUCACUACCCAGAUCUGGGUUGUGUUUUUGAUUGGUCGUGUUGCAUGGGAAAUUUGCUUUAACCAAUCAGAAGCACUACUUGGAUCUUUGUGGUGAUGCAUCAUUAGCAUGAAAUUUCUGUGCUUGUUUCUCAGGCAUCAUUUCAUAGGGAAGCCAGUGGUGGUGUUGCGAAAAGUUUGCUGUUUUCCCAGACUAGCUAUAUACCAGCUUCAAUUAAUACUGUGCCUUGCAGGCUCUGGUGUUGUCACGCGGCGGCCGCUGAUCCUUCAGUUAGUACACACUCCACCCAAGGCCACCACAAGUUCAAAGAGAUCAUCCAAAGGGAUUAAACCAAAAAGCGUGGAAGAUGAGGAUGGAGAUUCUUGUGAGAAAUGAGUAUUGCAUCUACUUCUAAUAAAGACUUUGCAAACUUUGGCUGCAAAAUUAUUGUUACAAACCCAAACACAAUAUUAUCACACCACUCUGCUUCUGCACCACCUCAACUUGUCGCCUGCCAAAAAGAUAUUAUAUCUGAUAAGUUGGAGACUUAGCUGACACAUAAGAGUGCAGAAAUAAUCCGGUUCAUUUUUGCAAUAAACGUGACAAACAAAUUGUACUGUUCAUAACUGUACUACUCAAACUGAGGGCACUUUAAAAAAUAUACCACCGCAUGGCAGUGAUAGUAGAAUUCAAUUAUUGAUUAGCAAUAGUUUCCUGUACAGUGUAACUAAUAUCAUCUCUAGAACAAUUAAAAGAAAAAUUUAAAAAAUUCAAGGAGGGAACAUUAUUUUUGGACUUCAAUGUAUGUGAAGACAUGUUUUAGCUUUUUGAAAAGUUAGCAAUAGCAAUGAUGACAUACAUGUAGCCCCCUUUGAUAAACUAUGACUAGUUUUAGGUCAUUAUAUUAAGAAGUUAAGCACAAUGUUAUAGAUAUACAAAAAAUGUCAUCAUCCAUUGCAGUAACUUCAAAGUUACAGUAAUAUAAGUACAAACUGGCUAGACUACUUGUAACUUAAAGUUUGCUCUAGUGGACACUGGGCGAUGUUGCUGAACAGCACAUUCAUGCCUCACAUACAUUUAUGAUUUGCAUGUUAUUGGUUGUCUUUACACUAGUCUGUUAAGUAAGACUUAAGAGCCGCUAAGUUUUACUUAACCAAAAAUUCAUGUGUGAAGGCCUAAGUAAGAUCUCAAGUAACUUUGCUUUGCAUCUCAUAAAAGUCGGAAAGUUGAAACGAUUCAGGAAAGUUUCAAGCGACUUGAAAACCAUCCUUAUGACUGACUUAGCUGACUUGCGGUUUUGCGAUUUCUUGAGCUUUGAGAAAGGCAAGACAUGUCAAUCUUAAUUUUGAUGCGUGGGAAAAUAACCUGAGGUAAAAAAGAAUCAGUUGUAUUUGAAGCUUUAUUUUACUUGAAGUAAUUAAAAUUUACUUUUCUUGAAAUAUGUCUUAGCUUAUUUAGGCUCUAGUGUAAAGACUACCAUUCUUCAUGCUUAAAGUAACCCAGGAUAAUUUGUUAUUCUUAAAAGAUUACUCUGAUGAUGAGGGUGAAGACUCUCCUAAAGAAAAUGAAGAACCAGAGGAAUGGGGAAAAUUUCUUCAUUUGAAAGAAAGAGUAAGCUACAACGCACUAUUUUACUUUUUACGCAGAAUCUAAACCUGUCUAGCUCUACUUGUCUAACAUAAUUAUUUCAGAGAUGCAAACUUCUGGGGUCAAUGUACAAGGGUGUGAUAAAACUUUUAGAAGACUAGUGGAAUUAUUUACAGGUGUGGCUUUUGAAACAAGUCUGGCUAUACAUGUAAAUUGCACUCAGAAACAUUAACCUCUGAAAAUCUACAUUGUAGACGUAUACCCCCCACCUCCUAUACACACAAAAUGGCCUUGUACUCAAGUCAUACAUAUGUUACAUAGGUGCGGCUUAGGUCAUUACAUAGUGUCUAUUUAUAGUACAGACCAUCAACAGUCCCUUCCAUGAAUAUGUUAAUGGUUCAAUUUUAUCCUUGGUUUAAAUUUUCUUUUCUUUUUUCAAACUCAUUAUUAUAGAUUACCAUGUACCCUAAAACAAUGGAAAAUAACAUUAGUUUAAACCAAGGAUAAAAUUGAACCACAACAAAUAAUUUUAUUGUAAUGACAAAAUGAUCUUAGUUUGUUUUUAGUGAUAAAAAUUAAUUAAUAUCUCUGAAAAUACUGCCACAUUAAAAUCUACUCAUCCCCCAGAGAUGAAUGUUAUUUACAUUGUAUUUUCUGAAUUUUGCAAAUUUACGCACAGAAAAGCUCUAAAGUCCGUUGUGUGUGGGAGGUUUAGUAAACAGAACCAUUAAAUUGUUUCUAGCAAAAAAUUAAUCAGGAAUUUUUGAUUUACAUUACGCAGAAAAUAGCAGACUUUGAUGAAAUCUGUCAGGAAAUAGAACGUGAAACUGAAAGGGUAACUGGAAAUAACAAGGUUUGUGGAAACUUUAACACAUCUAGCAUCAUGGCAAUUGUCACUAUGCCUUUUUAGUUUUCAAGUUCUGCACCGUUUUGUUUAGUCAGCUUAAAUUAUUUUUAUUUGUCAGUAGUUAAACUCAUCACCAAUAGAUGAGCUUGGGCGUUGGUACCUACAAAGUUGGUGGAGCCAGGCAAUGCUCUAGUAUGAGGAGGAGGUAUCCAUGGCUACCCUGCGAGCGGCUUCCACCCGGCACCGUCGCACUGAACAAUUCAGUGGAAUACUUACUGACCAAUGCUUACCUGGCCCAUACCUCAAGAGGGAGGGAGGGAUGGGAAAAAAACAAAGCACAAACUGGCACGCAAACAGCAAGCUGUUGCAACAUUAGUUUGCGAAGAACUGCAAGCAAGCAACUGCGUAUAUAAGUCACGAGGUGCCCCUACUAGACGCAUCGGGCCACCCCUAGUAUAGCUGGGGAAACUGCUGACCAGCAUUGCUUCAUGGUUAACUUUGCCUAAAUUACAUUUAGCCACAUUAAAAUAAUAAUAUUGUUUCAUUUCCUGAGUUCAGGCAAUAGAAAAAUGGCUGAAGGCUACAUUAGUUCAGAAAGAAAAACUGUUUCCCAAUGUUUUUUUUUAAAGGGAAUUUCAAGUGAACCAAUCAGAUUAAAAAUUUAUUCACCCAAGGUGCUAAACUUAACAUUGGUUGAUCUUCCUGGAGUGACAAAGGUUAGUGUACAUUGACACACAUUGUACAGAGAAUUUGAUAAGGUGGGAGUUAAAUUGAUUUUGUUAAUUUGAAAAAAUAUACUGCCUUUAUUUUUUGCUGGAAUACUUACAUGUAUAAAUUUUAACUAAAUCAUCAUCAUCGUCAUCAUCAGCGCCAUCAUAAUUAUCAUCAUCAUCAUCAUCAUCCUCAUUGUCAUGGUCAUGCAGGGCAAUGUUAUUUUGAUUAGGCAGCCUAAAAGCUGGUGUGGACCUGCUGAGAGCAAUGCAUACCCAUAGAUAUCACAUUCUUGAGUCUAGCAUCUUGGUGGCUAAUGGGGUCUAUGUACUCUACUCUUUACUGAAACAAUGUUGUGGUUUCUUUUACCUUCCAUUAACUCCAUCAACAAUAGAUGAGCUUGGGGAAAUAGUGCCUAUCGUGAGAAAGGAAGAACUGUGGAGGCAAAUACAAACCUACUGUGGAAGACUGCUUUUAGAAUAAUUUUAUACACGACAACCCUGUGAGUGGGAUGGGUGGAUAGGGGGUAAAAUCAGCAAGAAUUGUCCAGUAGGGAGAAACAAAAUAACUACAGAAUGACUUGAUUUCUGAAGCUGAGAGCUCUGUAAACUUGUGAAGUCCCUGCACACAACCCCUAGCCACCCCAAACACCAGUUGACCUGGGGGAAAAACUACCGGCCAGCAUUGUUUCAAGUUUACAGUCAUGUAACUUUGCUUAAAUUACAUUUUGCCACAUUUGAAAUAAUUAUUGCUGUGUAUUGAGAAAACUGAACUAUAUUCAGUGUUGUCAAAACACCAAAGAGUGGUUGCCCUGUGGUAUUUUUGGGUGACCCUGUUCUUUUGUUUCUGUUAUUAGGUACCUGUUGGUGAUCAGCCACUGGACAUCGAGAAUCAAAUUCGUCACCUUAUUCUUCAAUACAUCAGUAAUCCUAAUUCUAUUAUUCUUGCUGUGACGCCUGCUAAUAUUGACCUUGCCACUUCAGAAGCUCUCAAGAUUGCAAGAGAAGUGGACCCUGAUGGUGAGACUCAUAUCAGAGAAACAUUAUUUUUUCAACAUGUUCAGCUCUUUUCAAAAUGGUGUUCACUAAAAUUGCGUGGAUCAAGCAACUUUUUGUCGGACAUUAAAUACAUGACUUGUAUGAUAUGAUACUUGUUUUUGCAGAUUUCACUGAGUCAGAUCAGCUGCUUUCGGUACAUCCAGAUUAUUUUCAAUUUGCCUUAGUUCCUCUCUAAUUUGAAUUCCCCCCCAAAAUUCACUAGCUUACCAGGCAAGUUAAGAACAGAAUUUAGUUGCAUGAUUACAAAAAAUCCAUUAGCCCUGCACUAUCAGACACAACUUUCUUUGCAAUGCUGUAGUGACAAAUCUCACUUCUUCUUGCACAGGAAACAGAACAUUGGCAGUUUGUACCAAGUUAGACUUAAUGGAUCAUGGGACUGAUGCUCUGGACAUCUUGUAUGGCAGAGGUGAGGACCGAAUUUCUGUUUUCUUUCAUUCAUUGACUUUGUCACCUUAGUCUUGCAGUGUGUACUUUUUCUUGCAUCUGCUUUUCCUAAAACAGGUGAUUUAUGCUUGUAUUCUUUACUAUCAUACUGUGUUCUCUUUUGAGAACAAUUGAACUCAGACAGUUCAGUAAUUGAGUAUGGUGAAAUCACUCCUUUAGCAAAUGGUUCUGUCGACAUACAUGUACAUAAUGCAGUGCUCUCGUUAUGGGUAUUAAAUUUCGUGUGUUUAUUUUUGGUCUUUCAUUUCACAAAUUUUUCUCAAUUGUAAAAAUAAUAAUAAUAAUAAUAAUAAUAAUGAUAAUGAUAAUGAUAAUGAUAAUGAUAAUAAUAAUAAUAAUAAUCAUAAUAAUAAUAAUAAAGACAACUUGAAAUUAAAGACCCGCCAAAUUAAGUAUCAUUAAGGUAUUUGCAUGGGGAAACCUGAUAUUCUUCUCUUGGAAAAUGAAAUGCUUCAGUAAUGCCCUUUAAUAGGAAAACUAAGGGAGACCACAGCUAUCGUCUGAGGUGACACAUUCAUUUCUCUGCUCUCCUUAGUCUCUUUAACUAUCCUGGCUGUUGUUUUUUUGGUGGGUUCUUCUCCCUCAAGGUCAGAUUUUUAAAGUAAAUGAUUAUGCACAAGAGUUUCAACCAUAGUAAUUAGUAUAUCUGUCUGUUUGCUUCAACCAGUUAUUCCAGUAAAACUAGGAAUUAUUGGGGUGAUGAACAGAAGUCAACUAGAUAUCAACAAUAAAAAGGUUAGUAGUGUAAUCAAAUCAUGUGUCUCUAUAAUUUAUGUAAAGUUUUAAGAGCAUUGAAACUUUGUAUAAUGCUCUAAAUAUGGUGUGAUCAUCUCCAGUUCUUUUACUGGGAAUUCACAACCAUGUCUCAGCAGAAAUCUCGCAGCUUAGAUACAUCACACUUUCCGCAAGAUAUGGGCAGUACCAAGAAUGGCUGACAACUGUGCGCUUCCAAAAAUAUCUGGCAGACUCAAUAUCCCAUACUAGGCCUUUCCAUUCACCGAGAUAGUUCCAUGUGCACCAAUCGCGAUGGAUAUUACCGUCACUCUCGUGACUCUGUGGAUUCUUUUAAUUUCAAAUCAGCUGGCCUUAAUUCGAAUUAAGUUCGGCUCAUGAAGAGUCCCGCGUCUGAACCGGGCCUAAGUCUAUUUGUGUCGGCGCGAAACCAAUAGCGGAAAGGGCUUCUCUUCGCGCAUAAGAACGGCGAUUUCGGCGCGAUUUCUGUAAUGGAUCGAAGCUUUGCGCCAUGCCGAAAUCUAAAGUGGAGAGUCACAUGUCGGAUACAGGUGUUCAUACUGUCCAGCUACCACAAGUAUACUAUACGCUGGUAUGGUGUGAGGAUAGCCCAAAAAGUUAGGGCACUUGACUUGAAAUCUCGACCAAGAACUUUGCUGAAUCUGUUUGCCCCUAGUCCUGUGUUCACUCCUUGCUCGACUUGCAUGGGUAAACAGUCGUUCUUUUGGGAAGUGUAAUCGUAUGACUUAAUUUGACAUUUGCCCGUUACAGUCUAUUCAAGCUGCUCUGAGGGAUGAAGCGCUCUUCUUUCAAAAGAACUACCCAGCAUUAGCAUCAAGGAAUGGUACCCCGUACCUUUCACGAACUCUUAACAAGGUAAAAAUAGUUUCGUCCUAAAGUCGAUUCACCCGACGUCAUUCGUCAGGACUUAAGUCGAUUCGCCCAAUGACAUUCAACGCCCUACAACAUGGUAAACAUACCUCUCAGCGAUUUUGUUUAAGAUAAACUUCGAUUCCACAUAUGCAGUCAUUGUCUUAUAGGCUUUUUCUUUGUUUUUCAGGUUCAAUUAAUUAAGGUGGCUGAACACAGUUUUGCGGGCGGUCAGCGGUGACUCGCGUGACGGCGCGUGUCUUAAAUUAGAUGGACUAGCAAACAUGGCGGCAAAAAAGCAAUGGUACACGGAAGACGAUUUCUCAAAAUCUACUCAUUAAAAUUUUGUGAUAUUUGGCAGUAUUUUAAAGAGAACUUUAAAAUGGAAGUUGAACAGACGAAUUUUGUGACACGUGUAAUAAUUACAGUACAAUUAUAUUAUUGAUUAUCUAAAAACCUGUCUGUCAAAAUUUGGUCAAAUAAGUUUCAAAUGGUAAUGAUUAAUUAUAGUAAGCUGUGUGAAACUUUAUAGGAAAAUCUAAUGAGCGAAGUUUAUGUAAACGGAGCAAAAGUGAAAUUUUUAUUUUGUAUUCAAUCGUUCAUGUUGCCAUGGAAACUACGAAAACGUCAAAUUUUACCUGUCAAUCAAAAUCUUUCAUUAGUAUGUUUUUCACUUGCCAAGUUUCAGCUUGUAAGCUGCAACCUUUCUCUUGCCAUGAUUUGGCAAAUGACAUACACUCACAAACUGCCAAAACUGUGUUCAGCCACCUUAAGAACGGCAAAUCAUGACAAAUACACAACUGGCGAAUCGACUUAAUUCGAGGUGAACUGCCGUAGGGCGAAUCGACUUUCGGACGAAACAACCUGGUACCCUUCUUGCAGAUAACAGUACAUUACUAGCCGAUGUUAUUUGGCCUAUUGAGCUGGAAGCUCGAGAUAUAACAGUGAACUUACGCAGCAAGACAGGAGAGGAGAGAGAAAACAACGAACCCUAAGCGUACAAUAAUUAUGUUUGAACAAAUUUUCGCCAAACUUCACCUUCCUUUUAACAGAUCUUUUUGCAAAAGACCAGAACACAGUAAUGUUAAGUGAAGAUUGCCGCAAAGCACCUGGCCGCCAAGCACGCGCGUAAGAAACUUGUCACGUUUGUCAGUCACGAACGUUUUGCCGUCCUCUUUUUUCUAUUAAGUGACGUCCCGUUGUGUAAGCUCACUAAUGUCUCCAGCUUCGUGCUCUCCUAUAUACAGAAAGUGUCUCUCGUGACUAAUCUGAAAUGGUUCAUUCGUAGAUUUUUAAAAAAAUUCUUAUUUUGGCAGCUUUUGAUGCACCAUAUUAGGAACUGUUUGCCCGAGCUGAAGUCACGUGUUAAUACCAUGACGUCACAGUAUCAGCAUCUGCUCCAAAGCUACGGUGAACCAGUGGAAGACAAGGUAGUGUGCUCUGAUAACCUUUCACUACUCGGGUGUGAGGGAUUUAUCAUCAUAAUUUUGAACCGUGGACAAAAUCGUUACGUGUUUCCUUUCUCUCUGCCGGGGCAAACAUAUUUUUUGCAUACUAAGAUUUCUUUUCCAGCUUAGGGGUUGUGCAAAUUUGAAUUUUUGACUUUUUUAAAAUUUAAUGCUAGCUGCAUUUUACAUUAAAAAUUUCCAGCCCCGGAAGUUCUUUAACAAUGGUCUCCUAGAAAACUCCUGGAUUCCAUGUACAUGUAGCAUUGCUUUCAAAAGUAAGGAGACAAUAAGCCUGCGAGAGCAUCCGGUUUUUUCGGCUUUUGUUUCACCCGCCGAUUGUUUUUCGGAGGGAGAGAAGACAACGAACCGACGACCGGAAAUACGUCUGCGGUUCGCAGGCUAGGAGACAAUUGGCUUAACUUAAAAUACCCAGGAGUCUAGUUCCAAAUUUUUAGGGUCAAUAUGUGUUUUCUUUUUUCGAUUACUUUCAAGAAACCUUCAUACCCAAUGAAGUUAUAAGGACUUGUUUAUAUUUUACAGUAUUAAUAAAUUUUGCAAGCCUUGGUAUGGAAGUUCUAUUACAAUGGACCCCUAGAAAACUCCUGGAUUCCAUACUCUUCCAGAAGAACAGUACUUUACAUUUGUUUCUGAAAAGGCCACUUUUUUUUGCGUCAUUGUUCUGCAUCCUUUCAAAAAUGCCCUCUCCUGUGAUACACUAACAUAUGAUUUGUUACAGGGCCCGAUGUUGCUUCAACUUAUAACAAGAUUCGCGUCUGCUUACUGUGCGAUUAUUGAAGGAACAGCGCGUGAUAUUGAAACCUCAGAAUUGUGAGUGUUGUUGAGUACCUACAUGUAUUGAAUAAAUUCGCAAGCUCUUCUUUAUUCCUUGUUCACAUGAAGUUCGUGAACUAUAUUAGGCGACGCGUUUCUAGACUUUCCACGAACGUUUGAAAUUAUAGGAUACCUUUGUCUUUUCCCGCCAUUAUCAAGCUGGUAAACGUACCACCAAGCUUUCAAACAUGAAGCAGUCUUUUAAUUACUUGUUCUGGGUGCCUUCGAUAACUCUUCUGGACAAAAAUUCCAUGCCAUUGUUCAGGUAUUACCUGGGUUUUUUGGGAGCAACCAUUUCUAAAACUUACGGUUGAAAAAAAAACUGCUUUAUCAUUUAUCAUUGCCUUUGUAGAUGCGGAGGGGCUAGGAUUUGCUACAUUUUCCACGAUAUCUUCGGUCGGACGUUAGAAAUUAUGGAUGCGAUGGAGGGUUUAGCUACCAAGGAUAUUCUUACUGCAAUCAGAAAUGCAACGGUGAGUAACUUCAGCCAAUAAUGUCAGUUCAUUAUCAAAUUCGACAAAUGGAGCAUUUUUUUUUUCUUUCUUGGCAUUCAGAUACACUGUACUCGUCACUGGCCAUUAAUCAGAAAAUACAAGAUGUGUAACUCUGACAAAUCGAAAUACACUCCUGCAGAUAAUUUUUUUGUUUUAGGAAGCACAUAUAGCCGCCAGGUCAGACCGACCUGGCGAACCUCGACCUCGGACUGAUCUCUUUUUCAGUGUUCCUCUCCAAUGAAAAGUUUCGCGCUCCCUUUAGUCGAAAUGACAUAAUGCAAUUGUUGUCGCACAGCAGCAAUAAAAUAUUGAACCAACAAACAGACAACAAUAUCAACACCAACAACAAAAAGAAAACAAACAUACUUUUAUCUUUUCCUAUUAAGACACCUUUGUUAAUCAGUGAAGCUAGCUUUAUUUUCUUCCACGUAAUUUUCUUUUCUUUUUUCGCUUUUCUCUCUGCAGGGUCCUCGUCCCGCCUUAUUUGUACCGGAGAUUUCGUUUGAGCUGUUGGUAAAAAAGCAGAUCCGCAGGCUAGAGGAACCCAGUCUCCGGUGCGUGGAGCUCGUCCAUGAGGAGAUGCAGAGAAUUGUUCAGCAUGCUUUUACACAGGUAACCAUUAGCUUCACAGAGACCCCAAAUGAUUGCUGAACAAGCGCACCAGGGAAGAAAAGUAGAGAGAGGAACUGGGAUUGAUUUCAAGCUGGAUAUUGGAAGGGUGGGGUGGGGAUCAGGCAUCUAUCGCUUGCCGGAAACUACAUAGAAAUAUGAUGUAAAACGGUACAACUGUAGUAAAGCGAAAAGCCUAUUCCAGGCGUUCAGAGAGUGGAGCGCGUCGCGACCCCACCCCUUCGCUGUUUUUCUGCUCACAUCUCUUAGCGCCGUCCCACAAUCUGAACGCCUGGAAUAGACAACAAAGCGAAUGUCUCAAAGACAGUAGAAACUCAGUGCUGGGUCUGAAAACAAAGUUUGUUGCUUGCGCUGGAAAUUAAAAUACUCCUUGUUCCGAGUUAAAUCCAUGACAGAUAUAAGUAGGUGUACUGACUAUAUAAGUUUCUUUCUCCCUUAUGGCUGAUAUGUAGUGUCUGUCUUAGGAGUUCUGCCCAUUUAAAUACAAUCCAGUCCACUUUUACAGGUUAUGGAAGUAAAGAGAUUUCCUCGUCUUCAUGACAAGAUUGUCGAGGUGGUCAUAAAUCUGCUACAGCGAAGAUUACCUUCCACGAACGAAAUGGUAACUUUAAGUGUAAAUUUUGAGUAUGCUAGUACCCUUCCAGAAGUAGACUGCAAAACAGUCGGUUUUUUUCGCAAAAUGAAGAUAAAAUACGGCGAGGAUAACGCUGAAUACUGAAAAGUAUCAUGGUAUCUUGUGAAUGGUGUGUAUGAAGAAAGUCUAAACAUCGGUAAAGCGUGGCGUAAGAGUCUUAAGCGCGCGAAGCGUGCGAGCCUCACACGACUGCUCGCGCGUACUUGAAUACGCAAAAAUACGCAAAAAGACUGUUUUGCAGUCUAUUCUAGACUUGCUACAAGUCGACCUCUUGGCGAGCGGAGCGAGCCUUGUUUGGCCGCGAAGUGGCCGACCGCGAGCGACGAAGUCGCGAGAGGUCGUCCCCGCCAUAUGAAAUCCGACGAAGGACUUUUUUGAAAGUCUACAGUCUAUUCCAGAAGAGUCUUUCUUUCGCUUACUCGAUUUCGGCGUACUCAAGAAGACAAAAGUGAGCUUUAGCAAGGACUUCGGCGACGGCAACAAAGACUUAAAAAAGCAUUAGCAAAACAACAAUUCCUUAAGUGCAUCCCGCUUUUUUGUACAUUUCUUUGCCGUCCCUGCACGACUAGGACAUGGAAAUGCCUAAUUCCACGUUUUAUGGAGGACGUAAACAAGCGGCGACGAUUUUUUUUCUUUCUCGUUCUAAACUUGAGUGCGGUCCCCAAGAAAUCAAUUCCAGGGAAAUUCGCUUACAUUUGACAUUUUCAGGGAAAUGGAAUAAACGCGGCAAAGUUUGAAUAACGCGAAUUCUUUUUAAAAGUGACAAUUUCGCUUUCGUCGCCGUCGUCGGUGCUAAAGCUCCCUACAAAGAGGCUCUGAUCGAGGCGCAAAGCAUUCUGGGAUGGUUUUUGGUAUGAUUAGUAAAAUUGUUUGUAUACAAUCGACCAAUCAUAGCUAACGCUUGCUUGUACCCAUUCUCCCUGCUGUUUAUAGGUUGGCGGACUGUAUUUAAAAUUACAAUCCCAGACAAAAGCAGUUGGGAAGGUUGUGCAACCGACUUAACGGUAGUCCAUUUUAAUCCUCAAAAAGGAGAGUUUUCCACCUAUUUGAUGUUGGGAUAUUACAGAAACAUUACGCGCGCAAUUUGCCCAACAUUGGGCCAGGGGCGGGCCGGGAGGAAGGAAAAAGCAGCCUUUCCAACACUUUUGACGAUGAUUGUAGAUUGACGGUACAAUUAUAAACAAGCAGUUUGUAGGAAACAAAUAAAACAGUUAACAUUGAUUCACUUAAUUUGUAGGUAGAAAAUCUGGUGCAAAUUGAACUGUCCUAUAUUAACACCAAUCACCCAGACUUCACAGAUGGUGCAUCGCUUGUGUCUUCCAUUGCAAUGAAUCAUGAGAUGGUAUGUAUCGAGGCUUUAGUUGGGUUGAGAUAAUUCGAGAAAAAUCAGAGAUCGACAUAAUCGAGACAAUGCUUUCCCUCUCAGUUGCUUUGAAGGUCCAAGCUCGAAGAGACGUCAUCUCUCGAAUCUCUUCCCAGUGUCUGUAAAUUUGCCUAUCAACCCUGUUAAUAAAACCAAAUUUCUGUGUUAUUUUAUUUAUUUGUUUUUAAUUUUUGUUGUUUUUAUAUUCCUAGGAACGUAAACGUGCAAGCAAGUUAUCACAAAGUGUUCUUGUAAAUGGACCACUUGAGGUGAGGCUUUCUCUACUUUCUUUAUUGGGCGAAAAUAUACCAGUUUUAACCUUCGUUGGCGUUUGCUCUCCGGGGUAAGGGUUGACUUGCUUUGCCUUCCACCUCAGUAAAUUCAAGUCUGUAUAUAUUUAUUUCACAAUUAAUUAACGCAGGGAGAAAAAAAGGGAGGUAGGGAGGGGGUGGGUGGGCGGAGGUAGGGGUGUAGGUAGGUUAUCAUUCUUAAAGUUUGCUAUAUUUAAUAGUAAAUUA